AUGUCUUUGAUCGCAAUAGGUGCAUGCUAUGUGGAUACCAUUCUCAGCACAUCGCAUUAUCCAAGGGAGGAUGAAAAGCUCCGCGCAUCAAACAUUGUUCAUCGUCGGGGUGGGAAUUGCCCAAACAGCCUAGAGGUAUUGCAGCAAUUGACAGCCCGCGCUAAGGAAGAGCUGGCAUUGAAUCUUGUUACGGUCUUACCCGCUAAAUCAUCGGUGGCUUCACAACAAAUUUUAUCAGGACUUGAGCCUCAUGUACAGCUCAAGCAUAGCAUUUAUCGAGAGCGGUUCCAGGAACCAGCAUCAUGCUACAUUAUUAAAAGUCAGUCGACUGGCAGUAGGACCAUUGUGAACUACAAUGAGCUUCCCGAUAUGACAGUGGAAGAGUUUGUGCGAAUCACAGAUGAGCUGGUUCCUCGAGCAACUUGGUUUCAUUUCGAGGGUCGCAUACCUGAUGUUACCCUUGGCUGCAUUCAACAUCUCCGAAGGCACUUUCCAUCUGCCAGUGUGAGUGUUGAGUUGGAGAAGCCUGGUCGAGAAGGUCUUGACAAACUUGCGGAAUUGGCCGAUGUGGUUUUCUACUCGAAGACAUGGGCACAGAACCUUGGAUAUACAUCAGCCGAAGAAUGUUUGCGAAGCCAGUCAACCAUGACACGGAAUGCGCGCUUGAUUUGCUGUACUUGGGGCCAGGAAGGAGCCGACGCCUUCGAGCCUGGGACAGGACAAUUAGUCCACGUUGAUGCCUAUUCCUCGGCGGACUUUCGAGUAGUGGAUCCAAUUGGUGCUGGAGAUACAUUCAACGCAGGGAUGCUGUAUGCCUUGAAUUGCAGAGAUAAAGAGUGGGAUCUUUCUACAAAGGUGGGAUUCGCCAACCGUAUUGCCGGUAUGAAGGUGACACAGGAAGGAUUUUCAGGACUGGACAGGGUAUUGGAGCUCUAUUCAUGA